AUGGAAACCAAAGGCAGAUCAAGCACUCCGCUUUUGCCAUUUAAACCAGUAAUAACCUUAAACAUAGCUAAGAUGAUAAGAAAUGCUCAGUGUAGGCCUUUCGAGUGGACCAUAUCCACCUCAUAACUCUCUACCGCUUGUUUGCCAAUCUGAGCACGGCAUCUCACUGUGUUGCUCCUCACAGACUAGGGCUUGUGCUCGCUAUCCGUGAGUUUAGAGGUCCUGUAUCACCACCAUACAGCACACCAACGGGGCUCGACUUCAAAAAAAUCUUUCUUGUCUUCUUUCUGCCAAGAUGGAAACUAAUAGCCCAGGUGUAACACCUGCUACUGCACUGGAAAUCGUUCCAGAUUGGCCAGGAUAACUUCACUGGUGUUCUGAGAGAUCUCUUUCCAACUCCAAGCCCACAAGGUCCCUAUGCUACCCAAGCUAGAGGUAUUAAAAGGUUGUUUGGUUCGCCAUUUUAUCUUAUAAACCAUUAAUAACCAAAAAUUGCGCUAAGCCUCUCGAAUGUGAUAAGUGACGUCAACAAUUUCUCUACACAUUCGAUAUUUCCUUUCACAAUACUUUCCACUAUGAGUGGACUAUCCAAAAGACGUACAAAGACUUCAUAAAGCUCCAAAAAUCAUUAUCCCUUAUCCAAAACCCUCUAUUAUAAAUCCCUCUAUUUUCCUUAUUUUUUUAUAUAACUUAUUCCACCAUACAUCAUAUAAUUUCUAGCACCCCACACAAAAUUCCUUCAAAAUCCAAAUUAUAUGACCUUUCUCUUGAUGACCGUCUUUCUUUCCUUGAAGGUUUUUUGCAGUUUUUAGCUGAGGAGCAUGGCUCUAACCCUCAUUUUAAAGCCUUUUUGGAGGUUUCUGAGCUUUCUUUUGAUGGCGAUACAAAGCUUAAAGAAGGCUAUGUACAGAAACGCACAGGAGGGAGAUAUGGGAAUGAGCGAAAAUGUUGCAAUUUUGCAAAACACUUUAAAAGGUUUCAAAAGCGGUGGGUUGUAUUGAGAAAAGACAAUUUGGCAUAUUUGACGGACCAUUCCAGCAGAAAUUUGCAUGAGGCGCUUAUGUUUAAAGACAAUUUUGUGAUUAAAUGGGGAAAGCAAGAUGCGGACUAUGACGAUGGGAUCAGAAUUCUGACGUCAAGAAGGAAUUUUAUAUUUAGAUGUGGAACUGUCCAUAAAAGAGACGAAUGAGUAGAAGCUAUUACGGCUGCGUUAGAAAGCUCUGAUUGAAAUAUCGGUGUAAAACGCUUCGAUUCUAGUUUCCCUAUAAGGAACCACAAUAGGGCUGCCUGAUAUGUAGAUGGGGAAGGCUACUUUAACGAAGUUUACCACAACUUGAAGCUUGCCAAGCGUGAAGUUUUUAUUACUGAUUGGUGGCUUUCUGAGUAGAUCUGAAAAAUACAUAUAUUUUUUUUAUAAAAAAAAACUAAUAGGUAAAAAAAAUUCCAUCAAUUUGCACAUUUUUAAGCCCAGCUUUCUCCUGAACUUUACUUAAAAAGACCUUCUAAUAUCCACUCCAAGACCAAACUUGUAGAUGUCCUUGGGACUCUUGCAGACCGUGGGGUUUCCGUCUUUGUCCACGUCUACAAAGAAUUUUCAAUGGCUUUGACCUUAAAUUCUUUGCAUACCCAACAAACCUUAACCCAGCGAAAUCCUAACAUAAAAGUUGUCAGACACCCUCACCGAUCUGUAGUCGGAGGUGUUUUCUUAUGGUCUCAUCAUGAAAAAAUCAUUUGUAUUGACCAAGAAAUUGCUUUUAUAGGUGGCCUUGACCUAUGUUACGGCAGAAUGGACAACCAUAAGCAUUUAUUAACUGACAAUAUAGAGCCUUAUUAUUGGAACGGGAUUGACUAUUCUAACGUCAGGGUCGCUGAUUUCACAGACGUCGCCAAUUGGGAACGGGAUACCAUAGACCGAAAAGAAAUCCCCAGAAUGCCUUGGCAUGAUGUAGCCUUAAAAGUGGUCGGAACUGUCGCUGGUGACGUAGCUUUGCAUUUUAUUGAUUUGUGAAAUCACGUGAUGACUGAUAUUACAGGAAUUUAUACCAAAAAUAAAGAGCUUUUAGAGCCAAAUGCCAGAAGGGAAGAGGCAGCGGACCCUGAAAUGUCAAGUUUGAGCAUAGAGUCAAUAAGACUGAGCCAAGAAGUCAAACUAGAUGAAGUGAAAAUCGAAGAAAUUAAACAUGAGGAGGCUACAAAAAAAAGAGAACUAAAAAAGCCACUUUUAAUGGUAACACCUGCAGAAGAAACAAAAGAAACUAAGACAAGUCAGUUUUUGCAGAUUCCACAGGCGAGAAAAAGUAUGGAGCCACCAAAAAUGCUCCCAAGAAGUGUGACAUCAGAAGCAUGACUUAAAAGAGAAUUUACAGGGAUAGAGGUAGCCCCUAGGACAUCAUCUCUGACCCAGAUUUCAAGAAUCGAUGUAAAAGCACUUGAUAAGAAAAUGUCUUUGCAGCCUGAAGAUAUGAUAUAUAACGCAGAAGUCCUUACGAAAGCUUCACAAAACCCUUUAAUUCAAAAACUUGUAGAAAAUCUUUUGCCUAAAGAAAUUGAUGAAGCUUUAUUAUCACCAUUUAGACAAAAAACAGCAGAAGCCUGAAAAGCUUUACAAGACAAAGAAUUAAGAGAAAAAUUGGAAUUUGAAGAUGAAUUCACACAGCAAAAAGAAAUCCAAGGAGAAGGCGAAGCAGGGAAAUUCAAAAGAAUGCUGACACCUAGCCAUGUGGAUUUAGACAAUUUAGGGACCUGUGAAUGCCAAAUAGUCAGAAGUGCAGGGCUAUGGUCAUAUGGCUUAGAAGACCCUGAGCACUCUAUUCAUAUGGCUUAUUUAAGCUUGAUUAACCAAGCUGACCAUUUUAUUUAUAUAGAAAACCAAUUCUUUAUUUCUAGUACUGCAGGCUCACCUGUAAAAAACCAAAUAGCUCAAGCUCUUGUAGACAGAAUUAAAGUAGCAGCUUCACGUAAAGAAAAAUUCAAAGUAAUUGUGGUCUGUCCACUUCUCCCAGGAUUUGAAGGAGGUGUAGAAGAUGCAGGGAGCUCUGUAUUAAGACUGCAGCUAUAUUGGGAAUACCAAACAAUAAGCAGAAACAGUGAUUCUAUAUAUGAGCAGCUGUUAAAAGAAGACAGUAUAAAAAAUCCUUUAGAAUAUAUUGCAAUUUCCUGUGGAUGGCGCUGUUUUGGCCUUGAUUUUCCCAUAGAAAAUUUUUUUUGGUUCGACCAGUACCAUAUGGUUUGGUCAAACCAAAAAAUUUUCCCAGUGGGAAAAUCAAGGCCGAAAUAGCGCCAUCCAUGGGAAAAUCCCAUAUACAGUUUUAUGGUCUGAGAAACCAUGGAAUGCUGGGAAAUACCCCAGUAACAGAAAUUGUAUAUGUACAUAGCAAAUUGAUGAUUGUAGAUGACGAUGUAGUCAUUAUGGGAAGUGCCAAUAUUAAUGAUAGAAGCCAAUUAGGAGUCAGGGACUCAGAAAUUGCAAUGGUAAUUAAUGAUACUGAAAAAGUUAUGACAGUCUUAGCGGGGGAAACUAGAAGAGUGUCAAGAUUUGCCCAUGAGCUGAGGAUGAAUAUCUUCAAAGAGAUCAUGGGAGCGACUGAAGAUAGGCUGGUAAGAGACCCGCUGUCAGAAGAAUUUACAUCUAAUUGGCAGAUGACAGCUGAAACCAAUACAAUUUUAUAUAGAGAAAUAUUUGGCUGCUACCCUGACGACAAUAUAAAAUCUUUUGCUCAAAUUCGGACACUGCAAGAAAAAAGCGAUUUAAGCCAAUAUUCAUCUAAAAGGCAUUUGUUUAAAGGAUUCCUUGUGCAGUUUCCUUUAGAGUUUCUUUAUAAUGAAGACUUAAGGCUAGCCCUGUUCAAUAAGAAGUCAAUACUUACCAAGGAAUUUAUAAUUCCUCAAGAAAGCUUUGUAUAG